AUGUCGGUGAUCUACACUAUUAUACUGGCGAUCAUCUCAUCUCUCUCGUAUAUAGUCGCGGGAGCGUUGUUCGUAUUGAUCGUCUUUUUGACGAUCAGGCACGACCUAGUGUCCGCCGCGAUCGCCAGAGAGCUUCAUCGUCAAAAGCCGGUGUUGGUUACAGUUGUCGACGAUGACGAAGAAAACAACUACUGGACGAACGCAGCCCGGCGGCUGACUUUCGAGGCCGUACCACCCUCGGUCAGGAUCCAAAUGUUGAUCAACCUUUUGCAAAAGUUCAAGGACGACCGGCUGGAUGCGACGGACAAGCGACUCAAAACAGUCACCGCAAGGCUGAACGGAAUGAUGGCCACGUAUCGACGGGCUCGAAUGGCCUACGAUUUUGAGACAUCAGAAUUAAUUGUCAAGGAAUCACUUGAAUCGUUGAAUAAGAAGGUUUCCAUCGUUGAGCCAUCUGUUCAAUCAUUAUCGAAGAAACCAUUGCCGUCUGAUGUAAAAUCCGAGUCGAAAUCGAUAGAUCCUGUUGAGAAAACUCAGUCGGGAUUGUCAGCGAAAUCUUCUAUUUCCGCCGUUCAACCGACACAACCAGAAUCAUUAACCGAAAACCUUAAGGAACUCGCGAUGACUCUUGUAUCAGUUAUUGUAUGGUUUAAAAAUGCCUCCACCUCAAAAGUGUAUAGGAGAAAAGCUGUCGGAGUUUAUCAAGCGAUCAAUUCGGCACUUAACUCCCAAUACCUAAAAACAUUUUUUAAAUUCGUUUUUGACGGUUUUGAUAAGAUUGUCAAACUUUAUACACACAUAGACAUGGACAAUAGUGAGAUUACAAGAGUCAUGAUAAGAAUACCAGCAACUGAAAAUGAUGAGGAUUGA